UCGGAAGGGGGAGGGUGCACUAGGCCAUUACCAAAAAAAAAAAUUAGAAUAUUCUUUUGCGUACUGCGACGGAAUAGAAAGGAGGGUUCACUGUGCGAGUUGAAACCGCAGCUAGAGAAGGAACAAAAAAUGGAGAGCUCCGGCGAACUGGUGCCUUUCCCGUUACUGAUGACACCGAUUGAAUCAAAUUAUCGAGCAUGUACCAUUCCUUACAGGUUCCCUUCCGACAAUCCCAAAAAACCAACCCCUACCGAGCUUUCCUGGAUCGACCUUUUUAUGAGUUCUAUCCCUUCUUUUAGGAUGAGGGCUGCGAGUGAUGACACUGUUCCAGAUGCUCCUUUAAGAGCCGAAAAGUUUGCUCAGAGGUAUGCUGCAAUACUUGAGGAUCUAAAAAAAGAUCCUGAAAGUCAUGGAGGGCCUCCUGAUUGCAUUCUUCUUUGUCGCCUUAGAGAGCAAGUGCUUAGGGAAGUGGGGUUCAGAGAUAUAUUUAAAAAAGUCAAGGAUGAAGAAAACGCGAAGGCUAUAUCGUUAUUUAAGGAUGUAGUGUGUCUUAAUGACGCUAUUGAGGAUGAAGCCAAGCGUGUAGAGAAUUUGGUCAGAGGAAUUUUCGCAGGAAAUAUAUUUGAUCUUGGCUCCGCAAAGCUUGCAGAGCUGUUUUCAGAGGAUGGUAUGUCCUUUCUAGCUAGUUGCCAAAAUGUUGUCCCUCGACCCUGGGUUAUAGAUGAUUUGGACAUUUUCAUUACAAAAUGGAGCAAAAAAACAUGGAAAAAGGCUGUAAUCUUUGUUGAUAAUUCUGGUGCAGAUAUUAUUUUGGGUAUUUUGCCAUUUGCUAGAGAAUUACUUCGUCAUGGAGCACAGGUUGUUUUGGCUGCUAAUGACUUACCUUCUAUCAAUGAUGUUACUUACCCUGAGUUAGUAGAGAUUAUUUCUAAGUUGAAAGAUGAGCAUGGGAAGCUCAUAGGUGUUGACACAUCCAAUCUUUUAGUUGCCAAUUCUGGUAAUGAUUUGCCGGUUAUUGAUCUUACAACGGUAUCUCAGGAGCUGGCAUACUUGGCAAGUGAUGCUGACCUUGUCAUUUUAGAAGGCAUGGGCCGCGGAAUAGAGACAAACUUGUAUGCUCGAUUUAAAUGUGAUUCCCUCAAGAUUGGAAUGGUAAAACAUCCGGAAGUUGCUCAGUUUCUUGGAGGAAGGCUUUAUGAUUGCGUCUUCAAAUUUAAUGAAGCUUUAAGUUAAAUAGUUUAGCUAUCAACUAUAUCAGUUCUCUAAUGGACAUUCAGACAAACCCAACAAAUUGAAGAUAAUGGUAAAUCAUUAUAUUGGAUAUUAUUUGCAACUUUGUUGCAGAAAAUGUUCUUCAAGGCUGGAUUGCAAAUGAAGCACCUGUGCUUAGGUGCAUCUGCAAUAGUGUGGCCAUGCAGGUAUCACAGUUGCAGCUUGAUCUUACCAAGUAGUCUUUCAAACAGUAAAUGCCUAUUUUUCUCCUGUAGUUCUGGGAAUCACUUGUAAUAAAGACAUUGGCUACAAUUGAAGAAGUUAUAUCAAUAGAAUUCUCCCACUUAUCCGUGA